AUGGUUAUGGUUAUGGUUACGGUUACGAUUACGAUUACGAUUACAAUUACGGUUACGGUUACGGUUACGGUUACGGUUACGGUUACGGCUACGGCUACGGUUAUAGUUGGUAUACUUGUAGCUAUAGCUGUAGCUGCAAGAACCUCUCAAGUGCGACCAAUCACAAAGAAGUGCUCACUAACUACCUCCGCUAUCAAUCAGAAUGUUUUAGAAUACAAGUGUUUCGAUCUACAAGUGAAUUAUAAUACUAUUCCACCAAAGAAAAUCAGUCGAGUUAUCAAUGAUAUCAAGGAUCUCGGACAAGUCUCUAAAAUAACACGUUUGGCUAAAGUUGUCAUCGGGCAACCAGUUUCCAACAGCUUCACAUGUUUAAUAUUAGACCCGGGCUAA